AGCCGGCAGCCAGGUUCUCCUCUGCAGCGAGCACUUCGAAUCGAAUUCACAUUCCGACAGUUGGAAAAGGAAGGACCCUUCGAAAGCUGAGAUUAUUCCUGGGGCCAUGGACUCGGACGCCAGCCUGGUGUCUAGUCGCCCGUCGUCGCCAGAACCCGAUGAUCUUUUUCUGCCGGCCCGGAGCAAGGGCGGCAGCAGCAGCGGCUUCACUGGGGGGACCGUGUCCUCGUCCACGCCGAGCGACUGCCCGCCAGAGCUGAGCGCAGAACUGCGAGGGGCCAUGGGCGCGGCGGGCGCGCAUCCCGGGGACAAACUGGGCGGCGGUGGCUUCAAGUCUUCUUCCUCCAGCACUUCCUCGUCCACGUCGUCCGCAGCCACGUCGUCCACCAAGAAAGACAAGAAGCAGAUGACCGAGCCGGAGCUGCAGCAGCUGCGCCUGAAGAUCAACAGCCGCGAACGCAAGCGCAUGCAUGACCUCAACAUCGCCAUGGACGGCUUGCGGGAGGUCAUGCCGUACGCGCACGGCCCGUCGGUGCGCAAGCUCUCCAAGAUCGCCACGCUGCUGCUGGCGCGAAACUACAUCCUGAUGCUCACCAACUCGCUGGAGGAGAUGAAGCGACUGGUGAGCGAGAUCUACGGCGGUCACCACGCCGGCUUCCACCCAUCGGCCUGUGGCAGCCUGGCACACACAGCGCCACUACCCACCGCCACAGCGCACCCAGCAGCCGCAGCGCACGCUGCGCAUCACCCGGCCGUGCACCACCCCAUCCUUCCUCCCGCAGCCGCCGCUGCAGCCGCCGCAGCCGCCGCUGCAGCCGUGUCCAGCGCCUCCCUGCCGGGCUCCGGGCUGUCUUCGGUCGGAUCCAUCCGGCCUCCCCACGGCCUGCUCAAGUCUCCGUCGGCGGCCGCAGCCGCCCCUCUCGGAGGCGGGGGUGGCGGCAGCGGUGGCAGCAGUGGCUUCCAGCACUGGGGAGGCAUGCCGUGCCCUUGCAGCAUGUGCCAGGUGCCACCUCCGCACCACCACGUGUCGGCCAUGGGCGCCGGCAGCCUGCCGCGCCUCACCUCCGACGCCAAGUGAGCGGGCCAGCGCGGGUGCGUUCUGGAGAGCCAAGGGCUGUUGAGCAGCCAGAACUGGCCAGCACUGGGGCUCCGGAGCUCUGUUGCAAG